AUGGAUGGGGUCAGGGGGCUCUGGCUCUUGGUCACCGUGCUGGCAGCCUUAGGCCACAGCCAUGGCUCCAGCACAGAGCAGUGCACGGUGCCAGCAGCAAGACGAGUAAACUGCCACCCCCAGCCCGGCGCGACCCAGCAGAGCUGCGAGGCACGCGGCUGCACCUGGUGUGUCACCGAUGUCCCCAACGCUCCUUGGUGUUUCUUCUCUGAGGACAGCACCUAUGGCUACUCCUUGGCCAGGAGCAUGGAGAAGACAGCGAAAGGCUGGAGGGUGACACUGGACAAGCGCAGCACGCUGUCACUGUUUGGUGAUGACAUCUCUCCCAUUGUCAUGGAUGUGGAGUUCCAGACGAAGGACAGGCUCAGGUUUAAGGUGUACGAUCCCAACCGGGAGCGCUUCGAGGUGCCCCUCAGCAUUGAUGCCCCAGGGGUGGCUGCCGAGGAUGCCAACUAUGAUGUAGAGUUCUCAUCUGACUCCUCGCACUUCCAAGUGAAGAGGAAGAGCACCGGCACCGUGCUGUGGGACAGUCCCCUGGUUGAUCUGUUUUUCUCCAACCAGUAUCUUCAGAUCACCACAGCUGUGCCAUCCACCUCGGUGUACGGGUUCGGUGAGCAGGAGCAUGUGUCCUUCAAACACAACAUGGAUUUUGUUACCUACGGAAUGUUCAGCAGGGACCAGGCACCCACGCCACUCGCCAACCUCUAUGGCGUUCACCCUUUCUAUAUGUGUGUAGAGGAUGACUCCAAUGCCCACGGCGUUCUCCUUCUGAACUCCAAUGCGCAAGAUGUUUCUCUGAGUCCGAACCCAUCGUUAACUUUCCGUACUAUUGGAGGGAUCCUUGACUUCUAUGUCUUCCUUGGUCCAACUCCAGAAAAUGUCAUUCAGCAAUACACAGAGGCCAUUGGACGCCCGCACAUGCCUGCCUACUGGUCUCUGGGAUUUCAUCUGUCCCGGUGGGGUUAUGCCAGCCUCGAUGUGGUAAAGAAAACUGCCAAGCGCAUGCAUCACUAUGACAUCCCCUUUGAUGUCCAGCAUUUCGAUAUCGACUACAUGGAUCGUCGCCUGGACUUCACAUAUGACAAAACAAAUUAUGCAGGUCUGCCAGAGUACAUCAAAGAGCUGAAGACAGCAGGAAUGCACAGUGUCAUUAUUCUGGACCCGUUUAUAAGCAAGGAUGAAGAACCAGGUACUUACAGGCCGUAUGACCUCGGACAGGAAAUGGGAGUCUGGAUAAACAACUCCGAUGGCAUAACUCCUGCUAUUGGAAAGUCCUUGCCUCCUGGAUACUCAGUGUUUCCUGACUACACCAACCCCAGGACAGUGGAAUGGUGGACGCAGUUGUGUCUGGAGUUUAAGGAUGUCCUUGACUACGAUGGGAUCUGGAUUGAUAUGAAUGAACCAUCCAAUGACUUAACAGGCCAACUUCCUGGAUGUGCUGCUAAUGAUAUCAAUAACCCUCCUUACAUUCCUAGCAUUACUGAUCGCUCCCUGGCUCAAAAGACUCUGUGUCCCGACUCCAGGACUUACCUGGGGGAGCACUACAACACCCACUCUCUCUUUGGCUGGUCACAGACUGCUCCAACUUUCCACGUUGUCCAGCAGGCAACUGGGAAGCGAGCGUUUGUCCUGAGUCGCUCUACCUUCGUCGGCAGCGGGAAGCACACUGGUCACUGGCUGGGUGACAACAACUCGCAGUGGAAGGACAUGCACUACUCCAUCAUCGGCAUGCUGGAGUUCAACCUCUUUGGCAUCCCCUUUGUUGGUGCUGACAUCUGUGGGUUUGGCUCCAACACAACCUACGAGCUCUGUUUGCGCUGGACGCAGCUCGGUUCCUUCUACCCAUUUUCCAGAAACCACAAUGCAGAGGGAAAUGCUGCUCAAGACCCAGCAGUCUUUGGAGCAGAGUUUGCCAAGAUAGCUCGAGCUGCGCUCCGGAUCAGAUACUCCCUGCUGCCAUACCUCUACACCUUGUUCUUUGAGUCUCACGUCCAUGGCAACACGGUGGUACGGUCACUGAUGCAUGAAUUUACCUCUGAUCAGCAGACUCAUGGGAUAGAUACUGCCUUCCUUUGGGGACCUGCAUUUAUGGUUGCUCCUGUUCUUCAAGAGGCAAGUAGCAUAAUUUAA